AUGUAUCUGGAGCCAUGUCGUCGGUUAGACAGAAAGGCAAUGAUGGUGAUUGGCGCUUCUUCUGGUCUUGAUCGUGAAUUCUGCUUGGAUCUUGCUAAGGCUGGUUGCUUCAUCAUCGCCUCUAAUCAUAGGAAAGACAGAUUGGUGUCUCUCUGCAAUGAGAUGAAUCAAUUGAUUUCAAUUUCUUCAUCUUUGGAUUCUAAUUCUGAGCCUCGUCCCAAUAGAGCUGUUGUUGUAGAGUUCGAUGUGAGAGCCAAGGAACUUGCAAUUGAUGUGUAUGUGCAUAGAACCUACACUGGAAAGUCUGACAUUCCAUCGAGAAGUGAAAAUUUUGCCUAUGAGUUGUUUGUUAAAAUGUUUACAUUGCCUUUUGUUUCCAGUUUGUACCUUUCUCGAUCUUUUAUACUGUAUUGA